AUGCUUCUUGUUAUAAUCGCAGCAGCAUUAAUUAUUGGUAUAACAGUAUGUUAUUUACGAAGUAUUACAAUAGCUUUAAUGAUUGUUAUUGGAGCUGCAUUAUCAAUUGGUGUAAGUUAUUUUGUAUAUCGUGCAAUUUAUCGUAUACCAAUAUUUCCAUUUAUGAAUUUAAUGUCUGCAUUUAUAUUAAUUGGUAUUGGUUGUGAUGAUAUAUUUGUAUUUUUUGAUACAUGGGAUCAAGAAAAAUUAGAAUGGUUAAGAAAAUAUCAAGAUAAAUUAUUAGCUGAAAAUACAAAUAUUUUAUUAAAUUCUACAAAUACACAUGAUGAUGUACUUUUAAAUCAAAAAGUAAAACCAAGUAAAUUAAAAAGACCAUCAAAUGCAUUUCAAUCUCGUCAUCGUUUAUGUUUAUUUGAACAUUCACAAGAAAUUCGUAAAUUAUUCUUACGUGAAGAAGCAUUAAUAGAAAUAAUGUCUAAUACAUUAAAACAUGCUGGUUCAUCAAUGUUUGUUACAUCAUUUACAACAGCAGCUGCUUUUUUUACAAAUAUGUUAACGAAUAUUUCAUUUGUUCAAGUCUUUGGAGUUUUUACUGGAACAUGUAUUUUACUUUAUUUUGUUAUUACAGUUACUGCAAUAGCUGCUUUUGCUAUUAUUUAUGAAAAAUAUAUUCAAAAUAUAAUAUCUCACGUACAUUCAUUAUGUUAUACUGAUGUUGUUAAUAAAUCAUCAAGUAGUACAGUAUCAAAAUUAUGUCGUCGUUUUUCAUCAACUUGUAGAGAUUUUCGAAAUUAUAUAUUUGGUCAUCUUAUGCCAUUACUUAUUAUUAAUUUACGUUAUAUUUUCGUUUUAUUUUUUUUUCUUAUGGGUAUUCUAGGUCUUAUUGGUAUUUUUUAUUAUCCUAAAUUACAAGUACCAUCAACACAAAAAGUUGCUUUCUUUUUAAAAGAUAAUCCAAUGGAAAUCUAUGAAUUUUCAAUGAAAAGUCAAUUUAAUGGUUAUUCAAAAGAAGAUAAACGUUUAUUUGCUUAUCCAGCUGUUUCAUUUAUAUUUGGUAUACAUGAUAUUGAUGAUGGUUAUAUAUUUGAUAUGAAUGAUCGUGGUCAUUUAUAUUUAAUGCCAAUUCAUUUAAAUCGACAAAUAACACUUGAUUUUUUUAAAAAUUUUAUUACACAUUUGGGAACACGAAAAGAUUUAUUUACAUCAAACUAUGAUUUAGAAAAAGAUUUUGAAUCAUUUUAUCAGCUUACAACAGAUAAUAUUUUAAUAGCUAAAGUUGCCGAUGAUCGAGCUAAAUUAAAUGUAUCAAAAACACAUCAUUUAAAUAUGAUUAAAUAUUUAAGAAAAAUAAAUAGAAGUUUAAUAGAUAAUUUAAUUUCUGAUACCGUACGUACAAUUAAUUAUAAAAUUGAAAAUGAUCAAUCUGAUCAUGAUGAAUAUAUUGAAAGAAAAUUAGAUAAAAUAAAUUUAAAUUUAUAUAAAAUAAGUAAUAAACAAUUAAACAAUCUAUUAAAUCCAGUUAUUAUUUAUUCAAAUUAUCGAAAAUUAUUUAAUAGAACAUUAGAAAGACUUUAUAAAGAACAGAUUCAACAAAGUUAUAAUUUUAAUGAAAUUCGAAUAUCUAUAAAUGGUACACUACGUGAUACAUUGACGGAAGAAUAUCAAUGUUCAGCAUUGAAAACAGCUAUGCAAUGUUUAACAGGUGCAGCUGGUGCUAAUAAUGUACCAGCUGAUUUUUGUAACAAACAACUUACUAAACAACGAUCAUUUAAUUGGGCAGUUUUACCUGACAAACCAUCACCAAUCGAUGGAAGUGUUCGACCAUUUGCAGUUAUGAUUACUAUUCGAGGCGCUCACAAUCGUACAGAUUAUGAUUCUUACAAUAAAUAUUAUAUGAAAAUAAAAAAUUUCUUUGAUCCAUAUAUAAAACAACAUGCACCAGAACAUUUAAAACAUGCUUGGUUUUCUUCGCCGGGUUUUGCAUUUUAUGGUAUUCAACGUGAAUUACUUGUUGGCUCCUAUUCAUCCCUUCUAGCAUCACUUGGUAUUGCUUUAUUGGUACUAUUUCUUACAUCAGGCAAUUUAUUUAUUGCAAUAUAUGCAUUAAUUACUAUUACUUUUGCUAUUGCUGUUACUGUUGGUGUAUUUGCUGUAUUAGAAUGGGAAUUAGGCAUUGUUGAAGCUAUUAUUGUUAUUAUGUCUGUUGGUCUAUCAGUAGAUUUUGUUGUUCAUUUUGGUGUUGGUUAUAUUCAUACAGAUUCAAAAGAUAUUGAUAGUGAAAGAAAAAAAGUUGAAGAUCAUUAUUUAUUACAAACAUCUAAACCCAAUGAAAAUGAAGAUGAUUAUAAAAUAAGUACUUGGCGUGUUGUAUAUAAAGAACAACAAAUCGAACGUGAAACACGUGUAACAGAAUCAGUAUCACGUGUCGGUUCAGCUGUAUUUAUGGCUGCUUUUACAACAUUUGCUGCUGGAUUUUCCAUGACACUUUCAUCACUUUGUGCUUUUCGACAAAUGGGACAAUUUUUAAUGACAAUUAUGUUAACAUCAUGGAGUUUUGCAAUGUUUUUCUUUUUACCAUUAUGUGCGAUUAUUGGUCCAGUUGGUAGUUGUGGUUCAAUUCCAUUUUCACGAUUAAUUAAAUGCUUUAAACGAACUCCGCGUCAAAAAUAA